AUGGCUGGUUUACGCGAUACGCAAGGCCAGCAUGCAGCUCAGCAAGCCUCGGAGGCUUCAACUUCCAAGCUCCCGUUCCAACUGUCCCCUGUACCCUCAGAUUCCAAGCGCCGUACCAUCGCCAGCAGUAGUCUCGCAGCUCUAGCAAACGAGCAGCAAGAAGCGGAAACCUCGACUUCCCAAGCGCACUCAAGCAACCUUUUCCGAUUCGCACCCGUACCAGAACGCUUCAGGCGGUACCUCAAUCCUCCAAACGUGGAUCCCUACACACCAUUUCCAACAAGAGAUCCGAUAUCAAAACUCUCUUCGGCGAUUUCGAGCAGACGCACUUCCCGAGCCUUUUCCGUAGCUUCGUCGGUCGAAGAGGAUGAUCUCUUCGAUGAUGGAAGCUUCGACACGUCUCGCUUCACGCGAGGUGUUUCAUCGUACACCUUCUCGAGUUUCCCAAGCCAGCCACCGACCCCUAGCACGCCCAUGACCCCGAUGACCCCGAUGACUCCUGGAUUUCAUCGAUCCAACUCAUCAAAGCUCGUGGACCGACGAAAGUCGUCCGUCAUGGUACAUCCGGACAUUGCAGAACAGAGCGAGCAGCAGUCGAGCCACGUCGGGAUUCUACAGCUUCAAGCAGAUCUCGAGGCUUCCGGUCCCAUUCCAGAGGAUGCCUCUGCUUCUACGUCUGAACAAGAGUGGAUGGAAGAGCUCGUGGACCCACGUCAAGGGUCCUUUGCGACAUCGAGCGAAAGCAGCGGGUCGAGCCGAUCAAACGAGCUUGAUGAUUGCGAUGUCUCUAGCGUUCAGACGGAUGCCAUACAGGCCGGGACCCAGCCCGAUCUCCUCGCUCAACUGCAGCCAAAAACGGAACAAGAGCAGCAGCGCACUCGGCUAGACGCUCCCCAAUCUGCAUCAAAUCCAGCCCAGGUUUUUGAGCAGGAUCCCUCCGCGGAUUCCAACGAGGUCCCUUCAACAGCAUCAGAAGCAGCUUCAGCCCCAUCCCUGUCCAUGGACGAGGUCCAACCCGUCAAUGAAACGGACAAGGAUCGCGAUGUCGAGAAGGUGGCCAUGCACGCCAGCGACAGCAAGACAGCAUUUGACGAAUCCCUCUUCCCCGACUACGCACCACUUGUCCAAUCACGAGUCGACGCAGGCCGCAUCGGUCUCAUGAUGGCCAUCGGGGCACUCAACUUCGGAAUGGUCAUCCUCUUCCUCUUUCUCGCGCCAAUAGGUGCAUCUUUGGUGGUCAUGGUUGCGCUCAAAUCCCGAGACAUCCUUUCCGUCCUCUGGCAGAGCUUACUCUUCAUCCUCGCAACCAUCGCCAGACCGUUCCGCAAGAAGAAGGAAAAGGUGAUUCAUCCACCUCGCAAGAUCGUCAGCCUUGUCCCCGUGUACAAAGAGUCGACCCAGGACGUUCUCGACACGGUCGAUUCGAUCAUCACGGACAAUCCUGUACGACCACAGGACUUCAACAUCAUCGCCAUCAUGGCCGAUGGGUUUGAUGUAGAAGACGACGUCAUCAUCCAAACGACCAUCUGCCGAGUCGAAGACCACCCAUACUUCUCGUGGAAGAUCCGUCAAUCCGCCUUUCGACUUCAAUUCGGUUUCCGAUCCGGUCAUCCCAUCAUGAUCGUUCGCAAAGUCAAGAACGCAGGCAAAAAAGACUCGCUCAUCUUCGCCUUUGACCUGUUCAACAGCGAUAACGAGGCUACGGGACACUGCAAUACGGAAGCGAGGGCGUUGGUGUUGGAUCACAUUCGUAGGUUGUACGAUCAGCCGGAUCUGGAGUACUUUGACUUUGUGUUUUGCACGGAUGCGGAUACCAAGAUUCUAGCGGGAUCGGUGAAUGUCUUGGCGGAUCGAUUGAUGGAUGAGGGGGAGCAGACGGUGGGAGCGUGCGGGAUUGUCGAGGCGGAUUUCGAGAAGCCGGGACGUAGCCUUCGAACGUGCGGGUUGUGGUAUUUCUGGGAUCACUUUCAAGGAUUCCAGUACACCUACGGACAGUGGAUCCGGCGACGAUCCGAGUCCUCCUGGGGUCGGGUCACCUGCAUGCCCGGCGCCAUCACCAUGCUUCGAACCGGUUCCAUCCUCGGACAAGCCUCUGCCGAAUACCGCAAACACGUCCCCAACGGAAACCUCGUCAACCGUCAGGUCCAAUAUCAAGGCACCGAUCGUCGACUCUGCUGGUCCAUCAUCUCUCGCUCCAAGAACGUCCGCACCGUGCUCGAAACGCGCGCCGCCUGCUUCACCAUCCCACCCCAGUCCCUCUCCCACUACCUCUCACAGCGUCGUCGCUGGGGCUCCAACGCCUACUUCAACGCGUUUGUGACCCUCACCGGUCCCAAUCAACACCUCGUCACUCGAAUCUGGAUGUCGCUCGAACUCACACGCUCCACGCUCGUCUUCUUCAGGAUGUACAACUUUGCUCACUUCGUCUACAACCUCGUGACAAAGUUCACCUUGCUCGGGGUUGCGCCACUGUUGGCGAUCACGUUGCUGCCGCAGAUCUGGUUCAUGCUGUUCGUGGUUGUGCCGACCAAGAGGUACAGACCGUUGGUGCAUCACCUGCUGUAUGGCGCGAUUUGCAAUCGGUUGUGCAGCAUCGUGUUGACUCCAACGGUGUAUGCGAAUGUGUUGUUGGGAUUCGGCGAUUUCAGGUGGGGUAAGAGUCAUACGGGCGCGAAUGCGGCGAACCAGGAGAAGAAGGAGGCCGACGAUCAAGCGGAUGCCAUGGAAAGGGGCGAAUCGAGACCCUGUACCCCGCCAAAGGAUCAAACAGAGAUAUGCUGA